AUGGCAGAGGGGGCAGCGCUGGCAGAAAUGUCCUUCAAUAUCCAAGAGUCCGAGUUGGCUUGCCGAAAACGAUCACAUGAGGACUUCACGGACAACACCAAUGUGAAGUCAACCGCGAAAGCACAAAGGAAGAAGUUGACACCCGCUGAGCGAGAGGCGAGGGACAAGGAAGCGGCGGAGAAGAAGGCCCAGCGAGACCGAGAGGCCGCUGAGAAACAGAAGAAGAAGGAGGAGAAGGUGCGGGAAGCCGAGGAAAAGAAGAAGCAAAAGGAAGAGGAAGACCGCCUCAAAGCCGAGGAAAAAGAACAAAGGGACAAGAUCAAGGCGCAAAAGGCCCAGGAGAAGGAGGACAAGAAGCGGGCAAUUGAAGAGGCCAAGGAGAAAGAAGCACGCAAACAACCGAAGCUUAAAAGUUUCUUUGGUGGUUCCGUUGCGUCGAAGAAAGCCUCCAGUCUACCAACCCAAGGAUCACCGAACAAAGCAGCAACGAGCACAAUGUCGACCGUCUCAGAUGCGCCGUACCGAAAACUAUUCAUGCCAUACUGCGCCGGAACUCAUGUCACGAUGGCGCCGACUAUAAACUGCCGAAUGGACGGUGAAACGAAGGAGACAAAGGCAUCGAUACUUGAUGAAUACCUCUCGGGCACGCGCUCAAUUGAGAGCCGUCCCUUCAGGGCGGCUGAGUUGUUUCAGUCCUACGGGAAGCCUACGCGACGCGGGAAGCAACAAUACCCCGUUAGACACAUCAUGGAGGCGAUGUACAAAGACCUAGGGAAUGCAGGGGAUGCAGGACCAGAUGGACAAAACAAGACUAUGAAAGUGGCGCGACAAAAGCUGUCCCAAGUGCCGUUAAAAGUCAUCGCCUUCUCGCAGGACGUACGCCCUCCUUACCACGGUACUUGCACUUUUAAGCAAUUCGUGCUUGGCGAGAAGCACAUGAGGGGUCUCGCCAAAUGCUCAACAGGGAAGCUUCUGCCAUUAGACUACGACUACGACUCCGAGGCUGAAUGGCAGGAAGAGGAAGGCGAGGACCUGGAUGGCGAUGAUGAGGAAGAGGAGCUAGAUGAUGAAGACGACAUGGAUGGCUUCCUCGACGAUGCGGAAGACACUGGUCCUGCGCGACGAUUGUUCAUCAACACCAUGGAACCUGAGAGUACGGGAGUUUGUUUCGAAGGAAUGGGCCACCAAGCUGCCAACCCCCUGAUCCACCAACAUAAGAUGGAGAUGAUGAUCGAAUCACUCGACGAGACUGUUGGACUGGAUCCGUGGACCGCCACUUAUUGGUCGCCAGAGCCUAAAGCGCCUGUCAACUUGACCGAUCAGGCAUUGCACAUGCCUCCUCCGCCUGCGCCAGCUCAGAGCGACGCGUUCGCUGCCAUUAAGGCUGGUGCCCCUCCGCCCCAGGCGAAGCUAGUGAAGGCCGAGAUUAUGAACGAUGUGAAGAAGGCCAUACUCGACAACAAGGCGUUGUCGAAAGUUGGCAUUAUCGAUUUUGUCUAUCAUCAGUUCCGCGACAAUGCGUCGCGAACAGAAGUCAAGAACACGAUCGAGACGGUGGCCGAGAAGCAGGGUGCGGGACGGGCGAAGGAGUGGUGCCUCCGACCUGGACACGAGAUGGCUGUCUGA